AUGUUGAGACGUGCGGCACGAAUGUCUUCAGUGGCUUUGCACGCUGACAGAGGUCUAUUGGCCGCUCUAGUACCUGCUUAUAUAAGUAACAUGACGCGAUCGUUUCCUGAGGUUUCACAAAAUGCUGAGCUAAUCAAAGAGGUGAUCAGCGCCGAGGAAUCUCAGUUUUGGAAAGUGGUAGAUCGAGGCGAGAAGAUGUUCAACGAAGAAGCUGAACGAUCGACGCGGAAAGGAAUUCCAUUUUCGGGCGAAAUGGCAUGGUAUCUACACAACACUCACGGCUUUCCAAUCGAAUUGACUUCUCUGUUAGCUGAUGAAAGAAAGCUAUCGGUUGAUUUGAAUAAAUUCGAAGAGUUAAGAACACAAGCCAAGAUGUCGAGAGAGAUUAAAGAGGAUGAAAAAUGCUGGCGACAAGCUGAUCUGGAUCAAAUGAAUAAGCAAAAAUCAUUGCCAGCUACUAAUGAUGCCGGCAAAUAUGAUUAUACGAGACUACAAAAUGGGAAAUAUUUAUUCAACGAGCGAUCUGCGACAAUACAGGCGAUUUUCUCGGAAACAGGCGAUUUCGUGCAGCGAUUAGAGCCAAAUCAUCGCGGAUGCUUGAUAUUGGAUGAGACGAUUUUCUACGCUGAACAAGGCGGUCAAAUUGCAGAUUGUGGUGCCUUAUAUGAUCAAAAUCAGAAGAAAGUGUUCACUGUAGACGAUGUACAGAAACGAAACGAUUACGUGCUACUGAUUGGCAAUACCACUGAACAGAGCUUGACAGUUCGGAGUGAUGUUAUGCAAAAAAUUGAUAUUGAACGUCGUAUGGGCUUGAUGCGUGCUCAUACGGGAACACAUCUUUUGCUGCAUGCACUUCGCUGCGCUUUCGGGUCAAGUAUUCACCAGAAAGGAUCAUUGGUUUCGCCGGAUCGGAUUCGUUUCGAUUUCUCUCUCCAGAAAGCACUCACAAAUGAAGAAGUUCGUUUACUUUCUCUCAAUCAUACCUGUUGUCUAGCGUUUUGUCGAGAAACUUUCAUUCCACAGAAGUUUCUCCUGAUAGAAAAUUUCAGUUGCACGUUUGUGGGUGUAGCGUUUCGUUUGAAUUAG